GCUCGACACACCAGGUACACGCACCUUCCUCACCUGUGUCACCUGUGUCACCUCACUCUCCUUGUACCUCGGUAGUGUACCUUCGCCUGACAAGCAGACUCGCCAAACAUGCCACUAACAGGAGGGGAUAGUUCAGAGUGCAGCUACCGCGGCAUCUGGAGGCCUGCUGGACCCCGAGCUGCAGGGCGUCAGCGUCCCCGUGGCCUACCACCGUCUGUGCAGGUGGUGGUGGCGGUAGUGGUGCUGGGAGUGGGCGUGGACGCCCUCCCAGGCACCUUCAUCACCGACGGCAGCAUCCUCAACAAGUGGCUGCCUUCUGGGAUGAUCGACAGCAUCACGGCCGUCAACCAAACAGACUGUGAAGCUGCUUGUGUUGGGCAUCCUAAGUGUAACGGGUAUGCAGUGUCUGCGUUCGAACGGAAAUGUGUGCGCUACAGUGUGAAGCCGGGCAUGGUGCAACCUGUCCAAAAUAAUGGCUAUGUACUCUACGUUCUUCAGAGAACGCCUUUACUGUACCUUACAGACACAAAUAUCACCUGUAAGAAUACUCCCCUCUGUAAGAAUUCACCCGAUGGUACAAUCAGCAUGAAUGAAAUGUUACACAAGGCAUUGACUGAUGCAAACACUUUCAGAGCACUCAUCGGACUCUCAGAUGAGAACACCGAGGGAGUAUGGUUGUAUUCAGAUGGAACACCUGCUACCUACACCAACUGGGCCUGGAAUGGAAUGUGGCCAAGGACUGAUCGCAACUGUGCUCUCGUCACAUCCCAUAAAGGAGUGUUUCGGAUGGUAAAUUGCUGGGACAAAAACUAUUUCUUCUGUCAACUCCCUAUGUUCUAAGCCUAGGCUGCACAACCAAACCAUAGUGGCAUGUUGUUUAUCUAGAUCCAGCAUAGCCAGAACUCCUCCUAAUCAAGUUGCAGAAUUCUCACGUAUCCAGUUCCAGUUACCCAAACUCCUGAUUAUCUACAUUUAUGGACUAUGGAAAAUAGAAUCACGAUGGCUAUAAAUAAAUGUUACAAUUAUAUUACUGUAUUUAUAUUAAAAAAUCAAGUGAUUUUCAUAUCAGAAUAUAUGAAAAUAUGUUUCAUCACUUGCACUAAUGAAAGAAUGUUUUGUCUUGUUAUAUCAAUACAUGAAGAAAUUCUUCAUUACAAUAUACACGGUUAGAGCAACAUUGUAUUACCAUAUUAUAUAUUAUACAGUAUUCUCUUGGUUAGACAUAACUUAGCAUACCUUGAGAAUGUCCAUAUGCACUGUAGGCACCAUAUGUAACUAUUAUAUUCUAGUUUUAGCACAGUAUCUGCAUCCAGACGUUUGCUGGAAAAUGUGUGUUUAAGAGGCUUGGUUAAUUGUUACUUCACCCCACCGCACUUGAAGACUUACUGUACUCUUCUUCAGCCAAAUGAAAAUGAUUGAUUAAUUAUCAGAAGAAAACACUAAGGUAGUAUGGCUAUACAGUAUUUGUACAGUGAAAACAAUGAACUAAAAAACAGUAAUGGCUACAUUAUGCAGAUUUACGGAUAUAACUGGUAGAGGUUCAGUCCCAAUUUGUUUAGACAAUCAAGAGAUGAGUAUCUGUAUCUUAAGCCUUAAAAUAUUUAUCCAACCAAUUUACUUAACUACCCCACCUAUAACUUGUUGGUAGAUCAUCUUAUUCUAAGUCUCUUAUUACCUAUGUAAUAAGAGAGAUUUAAUGUAAUUUUUGUGCUAUUAUGGAACAAUACUAUGCCCAAAAGCUCAAAGGUGUUACAGUAUCAGGAUACACACACUGAUGUCCCAUACUUUAGUUAUAUUGUACGUAGUAGCAUGACCAGGGCACACUACCUUGUCCUCAAGGUUAGGAUUAUUAUAAGAAACUGCCACAACAAUAUAAUUAGUGUUAGUUUAUCAUACAAAAGCUAACAUAGUACCUGCAUGCAUAACUAUUGAUCAUAUACUGUACUACUAUAUAUAUACCCAUUACAUGUAUUUCACAUAUCUUAAAUGCUGUGUAAACUAUGGACUCAAAAAGCUGUAAGCUUUUAGGAUGCCAAAAUGAACUGUAAUGCAAGCCAAUUUAGCUGCAAAAUUUGCAGAAUAACUCUUUAUUAAUGUUAAUUAUACCAAUGCUAAUGACCGAGACCGAUUUUCAUCAGUGGUUUGUGAUUCUCUGCUUUUAAGUGUUAGCAAGAUUAGAAGUACACAUAAGUAAUGAAAAAGUGCAUAUAGAUAUGUGAUUCUACACCAAGAAAUACAGUAGAAUUGCAAAAUAAACUGAACACUAAUUGCCA